CUUAUCAGUUGAAGCGUGCAGGCGGUCGACCCAUUCCUCAAUCCUAGUCCUUAUUGACUGAUCUGUUUGGAUCUCUCCCUAACGUGAAGAUCAGAUCCUGGUCUAACCUCUAUUCAUCUGAGAAUGGUAUCCGCAUUUUUCAAUGGCACGUUGAUGCACCCGGAAAUAUUGAAACGAGUCCUUGGACACGAUGGUAGUCAACUUCAAAUGUGCCCCGCUCUCUUGCUGGACUACACUAGGCAUCAGGUCAAGAAUGAGGAUUAUCCUGGAAUCCUGCCAUACUCACGAAGUCGAGCAAUGUUCGAUCAUGACCUCAAUCCAGAAGAGAGAUCGGUACGAGGUUCUCUGGUAACCGGUCUAUCGGAGGAAGAUAUCCGACUCCUUGACAUCUUUGAGGGCAACCAAUAUACAAGAGAGAUAGUGUCUAUAUACCCAUUGGGGCCAUUGGCCAACAUACGGGACAUCGAGGUGAAGUCUCUGGUAGCCACAACGCCUCCCCCGAUCCCUGUUAUGUCCGAAUUGGCGAACCCCGUAGAUGCAGCUACCUACGUAUGGUGCCUUUCUUCUUCAGAACUCCGGGCACAGCUGUGGACGUUUGAAGAGUUUGUGAAGCUUAACGCGUGGAAGUGGAUCGGUCCAAGUGCUGCCGACAACAAAGACUAUGACGAAGUGAAUAGAAGGAGGGCUAUGGAGGGUAAUAUUGAGGCGAGAGGUUAAGCCUCUCCUCCAACUUUGCAGUUACAUAACGAGCAUCGUAUGUAGGGUAGUCAUACUAACGUACAGUUGAAAUAACUCUCACGGUUGCGGAC